GCGGUGAGGGGUGGGGGGGAGGCCGCGGGGCCUUGGCUUUGGGGGCGGCCCGGCAGGGUCUCUUCCUCUAGCAGCGUGGCUCACCAACCUCCCCAAAGCUGAAAAAUCCGGCGUCGCUCUGGUGCCUGCCGGCGAGCCGCUCCCCCGUCCCUUGAGGAGCGCCCUCGCCUUCGCCGGGUAGGCUCGUUAAAGCUUUGGGAGGCAGCCCCAAGGCCGCGGGACCUCCUCCUGGUGGCCUGUUUUCUCUGUCCUCGUCGAGGAAACGUGAGCGUUAAUCUUUUCGGUAGUCCUGGAAUUGCGUUUCCUCUGCGAAGGUGAGUUUGACUCAUCGCAGUUUUGCUGUCCGGGGAGAGGAAGCAGCCGCAGUCAGCAAAAGGUGGUGUCCAUUUCCCCUUUCCGCUGGCGCGAAGGAACAGGCAUUACCCUGGUUUGCACUGUUGUACUUGAAGUCAUACUUCUUCUAAAACAGCCCUUUCGUUUAGGGUCAGCUAAGAGCGGUGCGUGCUAGCGGUGGUUUGGCGCUUAGUUGGCUUUAGGCUUCUGAUAGCUGUGUUGUUUCCUGGUAAAUGCCAAGCACACUCAGAACUGGGAAGAAAAGAGUAAUACACUGCAAGCUGGCUAAAGAGCCUAAGCCUUUCUGCUAAUUGCCUGACUCUGUCAAGCAGAAACUCAUGGAAAAAUGAGUUUUACUUAAAUGCAAGAGAUGGUCAUAUAUUUCUAACAGCCAAGCUUGGUUUCUAGGUAUUCAUCUUAAUGCUUGAUAUAGUUGUAUUCAAAAUUGGAGCCUAUAAAGAAUGACUGGCUGACUUCCGUUCAAAGUUGUGUUGGAAAGAAAAAAUGUGACCUCAUGGGUAUUUUUUCCUGUGAAUUGUGAAGACUUCAAAUAUCUAAUGCUUUAACAUUUUUUUUGCAGAUUAAUAAGCUUGCUGGAGUAUUGUUAUGGAGCUAGAAUGGGAGUGAAAGGAGUUUUAAUUGUUCACUUCCAAUUAUCUAUUUUGAAGAUAGAAGCAUGGGGGCCUUGGUUUUGAAAUUUUAGGCAUUCAGCUGGUCAUAAGAAACAGGAGUUAAUAUCAGUGUUUGUUUACACAUUUGUUAGCUUUUUUCAAGCAGAGUAUUCCCUCUUUUCUAACAGUAAUAAUGUAAAGAUUGAAGUUCAAAAUGUCUUGUUCUCAUUUUGUUUUAGCUUUUUCCUACAAAUUACUUGAAAUUAGUUCGUGAAUUUUAAUAAAUAUUUUGAUUGUAAUCUAUCACUGGGAUUCUCUAGCUUUUCUUUUGAUUGUCUAAUGCUCCAGCUUGAACUAGGACUGCAAGAGUGCAAUAUGCUUAUGCAAGUAAAAUAUACUUUGUUUAGCAUUAUACGUUGUCAGUAUAAAAGGUCAUGUUUUUCUCUCUUCUGUAAUCUAAGACUCUUACAACUAUUCAUGUGAUGCUUAUUUUUAAAAUUUUGACAUUUUCUCCAGGUUUAAGUUUAUUUUAUCGUACAAGUUCCCCACAGCCAUAAUGAGGCUAGUAAUUCUUGAAGACUAUGAUCAGGCUAGUGAAUGGGCAGCCAAAUACAUCUGUAAUCGUAUUAUCCAGUUCAAGCCAAGUCAAGGAAGAUAUUUCACUCUUGGUCUACCAACAGGGAGUACACCUUUGGGAUGCUACAAAAAGCUGAUAGAAUAUCACAGGAAUGGUGACCUCUCUUUCAAAUAUGUAAAGACUUUCAACAUGGAUGAAUAUGUAGGGCUUCCUAGAAAUCAUCCAGAGAGCUAUCAUUCCUAUAUGUGGAAUAACUUCUUUAAACAUAUUGACAUAGAUCCAAAUAAUGCUCAUAUCCUUGAUGGAAACGCUCCAGACUUACAGGCGGAAUGUGAUGCAUUUGAAAAGAAAAUUGAAGAAGCAGGGGGGAUUGAUCUGUUUGUUGGAGGCAUUGGUCCAGAUGGCCACAUUGCAUUCAAUGAACCCGGAUCAAGUUUGUCUUCAAGAACAAGAUUAAAGACUUUAGCAAUGGACACCAUUUUGGCAAAUGCUAAAUACUUUGAUGGAGACUUAUCUAAAGUACCAACUAUGGCGCUAACAGUUGGUGUGGGUACAGUGAUGGAUGCUAGAGAAGUGAUGAUUCUUAUAACAGGUGCACAUAAGGCUUUUGCACUGUACAAAGCCAUUGAAGAAGGAGUCAACCAUAUGUGGACGGUUUCUGCUUUCCAGCAACACCCUCGUACUAUCUUCGUGUGUGAUGAAGAUGCUACUUUAGAACUAAGAGUUAAAACUGUGAAGUACUUUAAAGGUUUAAUGCAUGUGCACAAUAAGCUUGUGGACCCACUGUACAGUAUGAAAGAAAACUGAAAGAAGAAUUGAAGAGGAACUCCAUGUGGGUCAACAGCAACAGUUUUAGGUAGCAGAUGAGUCUCACUGCUAUGCAAUACGCUGAAAACUGUUUAAAAUGGGGAAUCCUAGGUACUGUAUUUUUUAAAAGGUCCAAUAUCUGUACGUUCACAUUCCAUCUCCAUUUGCUGUGUUGUGCAUUUUGCUUUAACAUUGGAGCUCUGUUGUUGGCUGGUACAUAACUAAGUGGAACAGAACAAGCCUGUGGGAGACUGCACAUUAUGUAGGGGGGGGAAAGCAGAGCACUUACUCUAGCACAGCAAUGUAAUGCAUCUGCCUUGUGUUAGAGAAAAUGGUAUUUUAUUUCCAGGAAUUUGUCAUUUUUGGCUUGAUGAGUAUAACUACAUUUUGCAUUUGUGUCUCUAGGCAGAAUGGUUUUGGCCUUUGUCAAUGCUAUGGACUUGUAAUAGUUGUACAAUUUCUUCUAUGAAAUGUUCUGUUUACAUAUAUCUAAUGUACACCGAGCUUUUGCACUUGGUUGCCUUAAAUUUAUCUUAAACAGUUUUUGGGCAUCUCAAGUCCUGCUGUACAAUUCAGGCAAAUAAAAAUACAGAAACAGUGCCUAAAAAUGUACCAAAUUCUUGAAAGUUGUAACUUACUCCACAGAUAAAAAUAUUAAACUUCUGCCAUAGCACUUUUUCCUCUUGUAUAUUUCAAAUUGCUUUAGGGUUUUUAUAUUUUUGGUAAUUGAGUUUUAUCCAUAAGGAAAAAUCUAAAUGUUCCUUUCUGGAGGUACCUGUUUAACUGUACCAUUGAUGUUACUAUUAAAUGCCUGAAAAGAGGUUAAUUUACAGGAGUAUAAUGUUUGCAAGUUUAAAUGAUCAUGUAUUAAAGUCAACUGUUAAUCACACUGCAAUAGUUACCUCUCAUUGUAUCAUUAUAAACAUGGAGCUGUUACAAGGAAUGUUAUUUCCUACUUUGAAUAUAAGUAAAACUUAAAUAUAAAUCUAUAAUUUCAAAAUUGUUCUGUUUCUAAUAUAAAUUCUGACAUGAAUAACUUUCAGGGAGAGGUUAGGAGGAAGUUA